AUGCGGAGCUUUCUCACCGAAGGCCUGGAAGACGACUGCUACGUCAACGGGCUCUACUUGGAGGCUGUGGACUGGGCUAGCGGCGUGCUUACCGAGAGCGAACCCAAGGAGGUCUUUAUUUCUUUUCCUGUGAUGAAGCUGGUGCCCCUGGGUGGCGGACAACGCGAUGCAGUGUCCUGUGUACGCCUGCCCAUGCUACAAGACAACCGACCGAAAAGGCGUGCUCUCCACGACGGGACACUCCACAAACUGCAUCCUCACUGUGAAUCUCCCACGGGAUCCGCAACAAUCGGAGAACCACUGGGUGCUGCGUGGCACUGCACUCUUUACCCAGUUGGAAUACUGAGUCUUGUUUUUCUUUUCUACCUUAACGAUGGGUAUGAUGGAAACCAAAAUCACGAUGUGCAUUCUUUGUUUUCUUCUUCUUUAUGA